CAAAACCGGGAAGGAAAUAAAAAGCUCAAAAACUAUAAAACCUUCACCGAUGCUUUGCAUUUUUCUCCAAGAGCUGGUCUCUCCAAUUAUAUUCGACACAAUCGCGCUCACCCCAAACCUUAUCCCAUUCCUCCAUUCAACCAAUAAUCAUGCUUUCCACUUCCAUAAAACUUGCGCUUCUUGCCGUCCUUGCUCUUCGUCUCUCUGUAGGUUCUGCAUAUGCGGCCCCGCAUGGAGUCAGGCGAAGUGAUCAUGACGAAUCGAUGAAUGUGCGCAGCACUUUGUCUACUCACGAGUCGACCCUCGAUACAAGACAGAUAACUGGGAUUAUCGACGCCAUAACGGGUGCUGGUGAGGCCGGUAGUGAUGCUGCGAAAGUAGCGAAAGGAGGAUCAGGUGCUUCAAAGGCCAGCAAAAGCACCAAAGCCGAAGCCAAAGACCAAAACAAGGGCAACAGCACAUCUCAACAGCACGAAGUAGUCAAUAUAGGCAUGGAUAUUCGCGGAAUCAGUGAUACAGCCUAUGAUGAACGUUCAUAAUUCUUCAGAAAACCACAAAAGUAUCGACAUGAGCGAAACCUGCAUCAGAGUUCGAAUGAGGCGGUGUUCAUAGGUGGCCGAGUUCGAUAAAUCUUAGAAUGUGACGUUUUCGCUCCAAAUCAACCUCACAACAAACAAAAUGAAUUUUAUAUGCUGAGUUAGGCACUCGGGUGACACAUAAGUGAAAGUGAAAUCAAUGUCGUUGCGACCAGUGGUUCCUUCAGUCACUUCGACCAUGGAGAGGUUAUAUCUUCUCUGAUACCAUACGUACUCCUUCAUUUCCUCCUGAUGCUUGCGAAGCUCUUUGCUCAUGAUUCCAAAUAAAUUCAGACCAUGUCAUUCAAAAAAGUAAUACCCC